AUGCUCUGUGUUAUCUUGGGAACUGUUAAUUGUUCUUUAGAGCAUCUUUGGGCUUUCUUGGGAAUUGUAAAGUGUAUAUCUUGUGAAUCUGAGAUGUUCAUUAGAGCACUUUGGGUUAUCUUAGGAACUGUUAAUUAUAUGUCUUGUGAAUUUGGGGUGUUCUCUAGAGCAUCUCUAGACUUUCUUGAGAAUUGUGAAGUGUAUGUCUUGUGA